AUGGAUAGAAGGCUUGUUGAAGAAGAGAAAAUGAUUGCAGAACUCUAUGAAGCCUCACGGAAUGGGUGUGUAAACACCUUGACCACUUUGAUCCAAAGGGAUGUUCGCAUUCUUGAUAGAGUUUCACUCACAUCCUUUAGUGAGACCCCCUUACACUUAGCCGCUUUGCAUGGCCACCUUGAAAUUAGUAGACUUAUUCUUAGGAAGAAACCUACACUUACAAAAGAGGUGGAUUCGCUAGGACGAACCCCGCUUCACUUGGCUUCCGCUGAGGGUCACACUGAGAUAGUAAAAGCGUUGUUGCAAGCAAAUACAACUGUUUGCUUAGCUUUUGAUCAGCAUGAGAGAAUUCCUCUCCACUUUGCUGUAAUGAGAGGACGAAUAGAGAUCAUUGAAGAGUUAAUUAGAGUUCAACCAGAGUCUAUACAGAAGAAUCUCAAUGGUGGAAGUGUAUUGCACUUGUGUGUUCAAUAUAAUCAGCAGGAUGCUCUAGAAUGGCUAGUGAAGUGGGCUGAUUGCAAUGAACUCCUCAAUUCCAAAGACCAUGAUGGCAACUCCAUUUUGCAUUUAGCUGUGAUGCUCAAGCAAAUGAAGGCCAUUAAAUACCUACUUUCAAUACCUGCAAUUAAAAGAGAGGCUAAUGCCACAAACAAGCUUGGUUACACAGCUUCAGAUAUCUUAGAGGCCUGUGACGUCUGUUCAAGAGAUUUUAAAUGUUUUGAAAUCCAAAAAAUUCUAAAGGAAGCUGGCGUGAGACGAUCAAAGAGUCUAAAUUCUUCCCUACCACCGACACCGAGUGGUACUAGUGUUGAUGAAGCACUACAAUCUCAAUCAGGGUUUAGGAGAUGGUGGGGGUGUGUUCUUUCGUCAUUAGGUAAACGCUUGAAGCGCCAAGGAAAUUGGAUGGAGGAAACACGUGGCACAUUGAUGAUAGUGGCUACUGUCAUAGCAACCAUGGCUUUUCAAGCUGGUAUCAGCCCACCAGGUGGCGUUUGGCAACAAGAUACAUCCAAUUCCACCGAUGGUUUCGCUUGUAGCGAAGAUCAUAUAUGUCUAGCCGGCCAAGCAGUUUUAUCUUAUUCUGAUCCAGAUGGCUACCUAGUGUUCUUAUAUUGCAAUAGCAUCUCGUUCUUUGCAUCUUUGUGCGUUAUACUUUUGGUUAUUACUGGAUUUCCUAUUAGGAGCAAUUUCUUAAUAUGGCUUUUGACAUCUGCCAUGCUUACCUCAGUUGCGUCCAUGACACUUACCUAUAUUAAGGUAGUGGCUAUGCUAACCUCGAUAUAUAUUUAUCAAAAAAUUAGUUCGAUGGCCUUGAAGUUAGUAUAUAUUUGGAUGGGAAUGGUUGUAAUUGCUGUUGUGAUUCACAUAAUUCGCCUACUCCAUUGGAUGGUGAAGAAGUUGUUUCACAUAAUUCGCCUACUCUAUUGGAUGGUGAAAAAGUUCAUUCACUUAAUUCUCCUGCUAAUCUAUUGGAUGUUGAAGAUGUUUCGCAAUUGCAUACACAAGUUAAGGAGUCCAACAGAAGACCAGGCUAACGUCUAA